ACUUCCCGCACGAGGCGGCCAUCUUGUUUAUUUUUGUUAGGAGCCGGGUGCAUCACUGUGGAUUUUAAUCAAAAUUUUCACUGUUUUUGGAGUAUAGCAGUUUUCCCCGCCGAAGGGGUAAAAUCUGCAGACAUUGGGCGAAUCGCAAGCAAACACGUGAAAGUGACCGUCUCACAAAGAAGUCCUCCGAUCACAGGGCGAGAUCGCCAACGUACGGUCACUUCUCCUAAUGAUAUGAACAACAGCACAAUGAACCAUGUAAAUGACAAGGAGGAGAAUCAAGUCGAUCAUGAGGAAAUGGACACAGACCAAAAGGAGGACGACAGUCAGCAUGGUGGGACAGACAGCAAUGGUGGGGUGGUCAAUGGCGACGUGCAGGAAAUGGGGGCCACGAACCAAGAAGAAGAGAUGGAAGAAGAUGAAAGUCGAGCAGAGACUACAUUCAGAUACACAGUUGAAAGCAUCAGUAAGCUGAAAGACACUGCCCUCAGUCCUUCAUGCAUGGUUAGAAACUUACCAUGGAAGAUCAUGGCAAUGCCUCGCAAUAACACAAAUGCAGAGCGCCAGAAAAGCCUUGGUUUCUUUCUACAGUGCAAUGGGGACACAGAAUCUUCAUCCUGGUCAUGUCAUGCUAUGGCUGAGCUGAGGAUCCUCUCACAGAAGCCUGAUGGGGAGCCUUUCACCAGAAAAAUUCAACAUUUAUUCUAUUGCAAAGAGAAUGACUGGGGCUUUAGCCAUUUUAUAUCAUGGGCGGAGCUGCUGGACCCUGACAAAGGUUUUGUGAAGGAUGAUAAGAUCAAUCUGGAAGUUCAUGUCAUAGCUGAUGCCCCACACGGAGUCAGCUGGGACUCGAAGAAGCACACUGGCUUUGUGGGUUUAAAGAACCAGGGGGCCACAUGCUACAUGAACUCUCUGCUUCAAACUCUCUUCUUUACCAACAAACUCAGGAAAGCUGUGUACAUGAUGCCUACUGAGAGUGAUGAUGGUUCGAAAAGUGUCCCCCUCGCUCUCCAGAGGGUCUUUUAUGAGCUGCAGUUCAGUGAUAAACCAGUAGGAACAAAGAAACUUACAAAAUCAUUUGGAUGGGAAACAUUAGACUCCUUUAUGCAACAUGAUGUUCAGGAGCUGUGUCGAGUGCUGCUGGACAAUAUGGAGAGCAAGAUGAAGGGUACAUGUGUAGAAGCAACAAUCCCAAAACUGUUUGAGGGGAAAAUGUUGUCUUACAUCAAGUGUAAACAUGUGGAGUAUGGUUCUCAGAAGACGGAGACUUUCUUUGAUAUUCAACUCAAUGUCAAGGGCAAGAAGAAUGUUCACGAGUCGUUCAAGGAGUACAUCACAGUGGAGACUUUGGAUGGAGACAACAAGUAUGAUGCUGGGGAGUAUGGUCUGCAGGAAUCAGAGAAGGGAGUUGUGUUCUUACAGUAUCCUCCUGUGCUACACCUACACCUAAUGAGAUUCAUGUAUGACCCCAUCACAGAUGCCAACAUCAAAAUCAAUGACAGGUUUGAGUUCCCGGAACGGUUGAACCUGGAUGAGUACCUACAGAAGAAGGAGAAGACUCCGGCCAACUACAUCUUACAUGCAGUACUUGUACAUAGCGGGGAUAACCAUGGGGGGCAUUAUGUUGUAUAUAUCAAUUCAAAGGGAGACGGCAAAGUGAGUAUCUGGUGCAAGUUUGAUGAUGACGUAGUAUCUCGGUGUACAAAGCAAGAAGCCAUAGAUCACAACUUCGGUGGUCUGGACGAUGACAUGACUGUCAAACACUGUACAAAUGCAUAUAUGUUGGUGUAUAUACGAGAAAGUUGUAUGAGUGAGAUAUUACAGCCAGUUAUUGAAGUAGACAUCCCAGAAACCCUCAAGAACAGAUUAGCAGAGGAAAGGAGGUUAGAUGCUCAGAAGAGAAAGGAGCGGACCGAGGCCCACCUGUACAUGAACGUCCAAGUGUUGUUGGAAGACAGCUUCUGUGGACAUCAAGGAAAUGAUCUCUUUGACAUUGAGAAAGUCAAUGUUCGGAACUUCAAGGUGAAGAAAAAUGCAACCUUAGAAGAGUUCCUGGAAAUAUUAGGAGACAACCUGAAAUAUCCUGUGAAACAGCUACGGCCUUGGCCAUUCCAUUCACGCCAGAAUCAGACAUUCAGACCAACCAUUCUAGACAUUGACACAGAAAUCCACAAAUCAAUUCAUGAUAUUGCGGAUAAUGAGAAUCCGUGGUAUGUGUUUGUUGAGACACUUAGCCCAGAGAGUGGCCUCAAGGAGUUGCCUCCCUUUGAUAAGGACAGUGAUGUGUUGCUGUUUCUGAAGCUGUAUGACCCCAGAACCAAAUCCAUAUCUUACUGUGGUCAUAUCUACGUGCCAAUAUCAGCCAAAGGAGUUGAGUUAGUGCCAGAAUUAAACCGAAAGGCAGGGUUUCUACCAACAACAGCACUGAUCAUCUUUGAGGAAGUUAAGCCAAACCUCCUUGAGCGGCUUGAAAACUUGAACCAGCCAAUUGAUAAACUCCUUGAAGAGUUGAUGGAUGGUGACAUUCUUGUCUUUCAACGUGAUGAGCCUGACCUCGACCACUAUGAACUGCCCACUGUUAAGGAGUACUUCAGAGAUCUGUAUUACCGGGUGGAAGUCGUUUUCUGUGAUAAAUCAAUCCCCAAUGACCCUGGCUUCUCCCUGGAAUUGUCUCUGAGGAUGAACUAUGAGCAGAUGGCCCACACAGUUUCACAGCACCUCGGGACAGAUCCUUACUUGUUGCAGUUCUUCAAGAGCCAAGGGUAUCGAGAUGGUCCAGGAAACCCAGUGCGCUGUACAUAUGAGGGAUCCUUGAAGGACCUGCUUAUUUAUGCCAAACCCAGGCAGCCCAAGAAACUCUACUAUCAGCAGCUGAGUAUCAAGAUCAAUGAACUGGAGAACAAACGCCCCUUCAAAUGUAUCUGGGUCAGCAGUGAUCUCAAGGAGGAGAGGGAGCUAGUUCUGUAUCCCAACAAGAGUGGCAAGGUCAGUAACCUGCUGGAGGAGGCUCGGAAACAGGUGGAAAUAUCUGACCAGUCAUCGGGUAGACUGCGCCUCCUUGAGAUCAUCAGCUACAAGAUCUUCGCUGUACAGAAGGAGGACAUUUCCCUGGACUGCCUCAAUGCUACAGGGACCAAGACGUACCGGGUGGAGGAGGUUCCCAAGGAGGAGGCUGUCAUCUCGGAGGACGAGCUGCUCCUUCCUGUUGCUCACUUCCACAAGGAAGUAUUCUCCACAUUUGGUGUACCAUUUUUAUUGAAGAUAAAGCAUAAUGAAGCUUUCUCCUCAGUGAAAGAAAGGAUACGGAAGAAACUUGACAUCUCGGAGAAAGAAUUUGAGAAGUACAAGUUUGCAGUAGUUGUGAUGGGCCGACAGGAGUACAUCUCAGAAGACGAGGAGAAAGUGAACUUGUCACAGUUCAUACCGCACUCUCUCCCAGGAGGUGGUGUGCAAGCCCGACCAUGGCUUGGACUGGAUCAUGUGAACAAGACGCCAAAGAGAUCACGCUACAACUACCUGGAAAAGGCGAUCAAGAUCCACAACUGAUGACGCCUUUCCCCACCUGGUCGUCAUCAUCAUCUUGCAUGAUCCUCCAGCGGUCAUAUCGUUGUGCCAUCUGCUCGUCUGUUGCUGAUCCAACCUCGAGGUCGCGUGCCGUCAGACUGGGAGUUUGUGACCAUGGCAGGGACCCUCGUCACACUCUCACGGACCGACCACUCUCACCAGUGCCCACAUGGGGGCACCUAUCACGUUGUUACUGACUUUUUAUUUUAUCUUUCACAAAAUGCAGCAAAAAACUAGUGAUAUAAUGAUUUCAUGCAAUGGCAAAGAGGAGAUGUAAUUGAGAAGUGAACAGGAUGUUCAUAGCAAACAUUUUGUAUGCUAGAAGUGCUAUUGUUCCUUAUCAUUUUCUUCGAGAAUCACUCUUUCCAUAAUACCACCUAGCAAUAUGUGAAGCUAACAAGGAAUGAAUAUCUAGGACAAGGAAGCCAUGGCUUUUCUCAUGACCACUGUCCACUAUUGGUGGUUCCUUAACCAGUUCCUGAAGAAUCCUUCUCAAGUAUCACAUGGCUGUGAAUGGAGAUGAUGAUUUAACUUCAUUCCUAUAAUUUGGUCAUCUUUUAGAGGACAGCUGGAAGAGCUGGUUUAAUUUUGUAUAUUUCUGUCUGUUGUGAAUGAGUCUUAUAAAGUAUGUUUUGUCACAGCGAAGUUUGGUGCAUGAAGGUGGAAUGUAUUUUAAGUCUGUGAAUAUUUAAAAUCUGGAUCAAUUUUACCAUGAAAUUGUUCCAUCUUCAUUGCAUCAGAGGUAACUUGCAGUUCAGUCUGUGAUGAGAUGUACAUCAUUUUAGGCGAAAAUAAAACAAAACCCAAGAAUAAAAUGCUCAAAUAAACAAAAACAAUUACUGUUGUUUUUACAUCUGGUGUAAAGGAUCCAGAUGUCCGUCUGUUUUGACAGAUGUAUCACUUCACCGGAGUAGCAGUUAGGAAUUGCCUUCUCGGAGGCAUUACAAGAGUGAAAUCAUCUACUCUUUUUCUUCUAAGACAUAAUCCUUAUACUGUAUCAUAGAAUUAAUGCAUCACAAAAUUCAAGGGACUGUUGUUAAGUUAUGACCUAAAAUGCAUCAUUAAAUUGAUGAGUAGCUCUUUUGAAACGGUAUCUUUUUUAUCAAUUGACAAGAACAAGACUUGGAUACCAAGAUAUAGUAUGGGAUAUUGGCAGUUUGACAGAAUAUUUUCUUCAUUUCUCUCAAAAUUUUCCCACUGACAUGUGACUUAAAUUCCUAACAAGUCAUCACCAAAAUUGUAAGUGCUACCACAAUCUUUGAAAUUUGUUUGGUAUUCUCCAUGUUUGUAUUGUUGCUGUUCAGGACAUAUUCACAAAAUAGAUGAGCAGUGUUUUACUAUGACUGGCUAGAUUUGACAAG